UUUCCUUUCCGCCAGUCGUCCAUAUCCCAUAAUGCAUUGCGUUCACUAGUUGGAUCAUGGACCAAGGCGCAGAAAAUGACCUCCCAGGCGGCGACGGCUCGGGGAGUCUGAGUGACCUGGACGUUCGCAGACGGAUUCCCAUUAAGCUGCUGUCCAAGCCGCCCCUCAGGAGCAAACCUCCGCCCCGCAUCCAGAGACCCGGCAUCAGGCCCUGUAAACCCGAACCUGGAGAGGACGAUAAAUUCAACUUCAAGCAAGAGGAGCGCUUUGACUGUUGCACUAAAGCUGGCGAUGUGUUCGGGAGUCAGAGGAGAUUUCCACAGCCGCUUUUUUGGGACUAUAAGUUGAACUUGAUCGGUGAAAGAGAUGGAGUCCCGAUUCACUUCUGUGACAAAUGUGGUCUCCCCAUUCAGCUGUACGGACGGAUGAUCCCCUGUAAACAUGUCUUCUGCUACGACUGCGCUCUGCUGCACGAGAAGAAAGGAGAGAAGAUGUGUCCAGGGCUUAACAUGUACAACUGCACAGAGCCGGUGCAGCGCAUCGAGCAGUGCCAGCGUGGCUCGCUCUUCAUGUGCAGCAUCGUGUCGAGUUGUAAACGCACCUACCUGUCCCAGCGCGACCUGCAGGCGCACGUCAACCACCGCCACAUGAGGACCAAGUCGUCUCGCCAGGACCCCGUCCACCUGCCACCGCCCGACGUGCCGGAGCGCUUCCGUGUGCCGCCGCCCCACAUCCCCAAGAGCCACGUCCACCUGCCGGCGCCACUGCCGCCCUACAGCCAGCCGCCGCCGCCCAGCCCCCACGACGGCCCUCCGCCGCCAUCCCCUCUGGGGCCUGAGACCUUCCGCAUCUCCACGGUAACCACCCGCAAACACAGCAACCUCAUCACGGUGCCCAUCCAUGAUGAUUCGUCAUCCCGGGACCCCCACCCCGCAGGGCCCGGCCCCGGCCAGCCCCCCCACCACCACCCCGGGGACUACCCCGGUCAGCCGCCUGUGGUGUCGCACUCCCACCACAUGAUGGCGCCACCGCAGCAUAACUUUGGCCCGCCUCCUCCUCCUCCGCCGCCCAUCAGCCACCCCAUGCAGCAUCCUGCCCAGGCCUCUGGGACCCCACACAUGGUGUACAACCAGGCCCCCCCACCGCCCAUGUCAGCAGCUCCCCCGCCCAUAACCCCCCCACCUGGGCACAUCAUGGGCCAGAUCCCCCCCUAUAUCAACCACCCGCCUCCAGGACCUCCACCGCAGCACAGCGGCCCUCCUGUUAACGCCCCCCCACCACAUCACUAUAAUCCCUCCUCCAUGCAGCAGUUCUCUGAGGACCAGGGCACCCUGAGCCCCCCCUUCAGCCAGCCGGGGGGCCUGAGCCCCGGCAUGUGGCCCGCCCCCAGAGGACCGCCGCCCCGGAUGCAGGGGCCCCCGCCCCAGGGUCAGAUGCCAGGGCCACACCACCCAGACCAGAGCCGCUACAGGCCGUACUACCAGUAAGCUGCCAGCUGGUUGCCAGGGUAACAGUCAGUGUCAUUUCAUUUUCAUAGCUAGUGUGAGUGAUGUUAGUGAGGCUCCGGGUGACGGGAGGAAUCUGUUCCACACGCUGAGCUCAGCUCCACACUGAACAGAUUAUAGACCCUGACAAAAGAUGGACUUCAGUUUUUUAAUGACGUUAAAAAUCUGUAUAUAUGUCGACUGAUGUCACCUACAUUAACUGAUGUUAAAACAAUUCAAUAAAUUUUCAACAGCA